CCCCCCCGCAGUGACAAGUUACUGGAGCCGGUUACUUCCUCCUCCCUCCUCCCCCCGCACACGCACACGCACACGCACACGAGGGAACCGGCGUCCGAACACAAGUCCCGCGGAGUAAUGUCAGUGUCGACGGUGACGAGCACCAGGCGUGAACAUAGUUUCGGUUGCCGCCGGUUGUCGUCGUCGUCUUAACCGUUUUUAUUUCCACCGUCACCGCUGUGAAGAGGAGCAGCCCCGGAGGAGGAGACGCUUCCUGUGCCGCGUCGUGACCGUCCACACAGCCCGAGCAGCCCGCUACAAAGCAGAGAUGCCUCAGAAACAGAAAUCCCAUCAGUCCUGGUCGGAGCUGAAACAAGCCGGAAACGAGCGCUUCAAGCGGGGCCAGUACGGAGAGGCCGCCCACCUGUACAGCGACGCCAUCAGAGAGCUGGAGAAGUCCAAUAAGAAGAAUCCAGAGGAUUUGGGCAUUUUGUACUCGAACCGCGCAGCGAGCUACCUGAAGGACGGCAACUGUGGGGAGUGUGUGAAGGACUGCAGCAUGUCUCUGGAGUUGUAUCCGUUCAACGUGAAGUCUCUGCUGCGUCGCGCCGCUGCCUACGAGGCUCUGGAGCGCUACCGGCAGGCGUACGUGGACUACAAGACGGCGCUGCAGAUCGACUGCAACAUCGCGGCCGCUCACGACGGCACCAACAGGAUGACGAAGGCGCUCACAGAGGCCGACGGCCCCUCGUGGAGAGAGAAGCUUCCUCCGAUCCCGACCGUCCCGCUGUCCGUCAGAGAGAAACUGUCCCAGCAGACGACGGCCAACACUCCGACACCGAACCGGGCCGCGCAGCAGAACGGCAGCAGGGAGACGAAAAGAAACACUCCUAGCGAUAAAGACAUGAAGCGAGGCCAGGCCCUGAAGGAAGAAGGCAACGCUCUGGUGAAGAAAGGCGAACACAAGAAGGCCAUCGAGAAGUACAGCCAGAGCCUGAAACACAACCCCACCGAGGUCACGACCUUCACCAACCGGGCGCUGUGUUACCUGUCGGUGAGGCAGUACAGAGAAGCCGUCAGAGACUGUGACGAGGCUCUGGUGAUUGACAGCAGCAACAUCAAGGCGCUCUACAGGAGAGCUCAGGCUCACAAGGAGCUCAAGGACGUGAAAGCGUCGGUGGACGACCUGAACAACCUGCUCACGGUGGAACCGAACAACGCGGCGGCGCUGAAGCUGCUGCAGGAAGUGCAGAGGAAGAAGUGAGGACGCGUUCAGGGACUCUGCAGACGGCGGUAAGGAUCGGUCCCCGAGCGUCCGGCGACGCGACGCGAUCCAACCGGCAGAGUACCGCGUGUUUCCCAAAAGCCCCUUCGCCCCGAACACGGGUUCGGUCUCAAGACGCUUCUGGAAAACGCAGCUGUGGGCGGCGGUCGGGAAGAAGAAGAAGAAGGAGCGCCGCCGCCGCCGCCACGUUCAGCCUUUUAGGAAUGUUCUUAUUUUUUACCUGAUUUAGUUGAAAAAGCUGAAAUUAUUGAAACGCACACACUUACAAGUCAAACUGACAAGAAACCUUCAUCGUCAUUUAUAAAACUAACGUUGAGCAGGUGAUCGGCCUCAUGUAGAAAUAUCCGGUUACAUUUGUUCUGACACUAAUAUCAGUAUCGGAAUGUCGUUAAAAAUUAAUCAUUCUUGUCAGAAAAUAGUGACAAAGUCUUUCUGGAUUCCAGCUGGGACAAUCAGUCCAAAUCAAUAAGACGUUCAUCUUAUUGCAUGACAUAAAAAAAAACAACAAGUGCAAAUAUAGUCAAAGUAUUAUCCACUGUCAUGUCGGAGGUAAAUUGUGAAACUGUUGAAUCCAAAUGUUGAUGUUCUUAACUUAUUCUCAAACAUCUGGUUUUCUGAGAACAUGGAUUCAUAUUGGUGUUCACGCUGCGAUCGUGUCCCGUCGUCCAACACUCGUAUGAUCACGUCAGAGAAAAUCCUUUAUUUGACAACGUGAAUAUAAAAGUGAAAACAUGAAAUUAAUGCAAGUGCUAAGUUCAGAUUUAUAAACGAAUUCCAUUUGUGAUCCGGACUCUGAAUAUAUAUAUAUUCAUAUGACUUGAACGCAGCGUCGGUCACCAAACGAAAUGUUCUUCAACAGUUUUAUCUUCAGACGUUCGAGACAAUUUCUUUUGCGUCACGUAACUCGUGCAAGUUCUGCCGCAGGUUCAUUUUUGGUUAUUCGCUCGGUUGCGAUAGAGAUAAUAAUUCGUGUCAUAAAGCUCGGCGUGUCCACUCAAGGCGAGUUUUAUCCUUCAUUUCUGAUACGACGUCGGGACGAUCUCAUCGCUACAAUUGGCUUCACGUGACGCGUUGAGCGAGCAAAGAAAACUGUCUUCACGUUAUUUGCUUCGCAUCGUUCACGUCGCCUGACGUGUCUUUGCGUCGACUGUACGUAAUCUCGUGUGGUUUGUUGUGAACGCUGCAUCACUCAGUUACGUUUGUUUCCUUCCACGAGGAUCGAAGCUUCAGUCCGUUCGCGUUCUGUUUAAUCGAUCUUCAGACGCUCGUCGCGUUCCGUCACCUCGUUCGCUUUCCUCUCCUGUCCUUCAUUGUAUCGUGAAGACAUUGUCGAUGCAACGUCGUCUGUCGACGGCUCUGGAUUUAGAUUCUUCUGAACGGCUCAAAUGUACAAACAGAAGAAAGAAUCAAACCUGAUGUCCGAGAGGCAGAUCAAUGUACUUUAUUGAUCCUGGAGGAGGAGGGAAGCCGAGAAGCGGCACAACGUGACAACUGAGUUUAGUUGUUUUACUUUAUUCACGUUUCUGUUGUCAUAACUUUGUUUAUCUGGUUUUUGUUGAACUGCUUCUGUUUUAACUUCAAAUAAAGAUUAAGAAAUAAAUCAGA